UCUGGAGGAGGGAGCUAUUUGCAGCAUCAGUGUAUCCCAGCAUCAAUUAUUUCAUCGUGUUUGUAGUUUUUCAAUGAAAAAUCCCACCUGACAGUUUUUCUGAUGUGCGAUUCUCAGCUCCACUCGGGAUUUUAAGGUCGCUCGCUAACGUCGGAGGAAGGGUUGCGCCCACAUGGGCAGUGUUCUGGCUUUAUCUUCAGGUCCGGGCCAUCAGAACUGGCCUUUCUCUACGGACCCCCCUCCCUCUCGCUGGGACGCACAUCCUGCUCACUGGGACAGUCCACCUCGCUGGGAGAGGAGAGAUGGCCGCCUACCCAACCCAGGCAGCUUUCACUCUCUCCACAGGAGCUGCAAAGAUGUGUUUCCCCAACAGAUUGAGGGAGUCAAGAUGAUCCUCAAUAAAACUCUGAGCAGCUUCUUCAAGGUCAGUCACACUCUCCACCUCAGUGCUGUUAGUCCUUCAUACUAUCGAUUCCACGUGGAGCAUCUGCAGUCUGAUGAUUACAGCAAGGACAAGGAUGCCCCAGCAUUGAUCGGUGAGAUGGACUCCUCAGGCAGUCUGAACGCUCACGCUCUGCUGCACCUCACAGAGCGCGUACGAGCCAGAACAGUGUUCCAGACUCAGCAGUCCCAGUUUGUAACAUGGCAGUUUGAAACUGAGUACAGAGGGAACGACUUUACCGCUGCUGUGACGGUAGCCAACCCUGACAUCCUCAGAGAGUCAGUAAUCCUCGUGGCACACUUCCUGCAGAGUGUAUCUUCUGGGCUGGUUUUAGGAGGGGAACUGGUCUACCAUCGGGGCCGAGCAGAGGAAGGAGGGAUUCUUACUUUGGCCGGGCAGUACUCAAGACCAAACUGGGUGGCGACGCUGAAUGCUGGUAAAGGAGGUGCCCAUGCUAGCUACUAUCACAGAGCCAACAAACAGAUCCAAGUGGGAGUGGAGUUCGAAGCCAGUACCAGGACACAGGAGACCACAACCUCAUUUGGGUACCAGAUGGAACUUCCAGAGGCCAACAUGGUCUUUAGAGGUAUGAUAAACAGUCGGUGCAUAAUAGGAGGCGUAUUGGAGAAGCGCCUGACCCCACUCCCUGCCACCCUGAUUAUGGGUGCCUUUGUGAAUCACAGAGGGGACAAGCUGCAGGUGGGCCUUGGCGUCAAUGUGGGAUAAUCCUCCACUAAACCCUGCUGGAGUUACAACUUGCUGUCAGGACAUCCAUUCAGAGACCUGUUUCAGAGGCUUCAGAAUGACCCAAACUUUCAAGGUAAAGCAAUUCCCAUGAGCCACCUGAAUAACGUGGAUUGUUUGAUUGUCAGAGCCCAAAGAUGGGACUUGAUAUCUACCUCUCAAGAUGGAGGUGAUGUUUUCUGAGUGGAUUAAACAGGAGAACAGAUGAACAUUUUGAAAAUCUCAACGACUGUGACUGGAGAUGCGUUACUGGCCCACUUGAAACCAGACUGCACAUCACCUUCUGGACAAUGAAAACAGAAAGGAUGAGAGGCAUACUGUACUGUAAACUGAAAAUAACAAAAGUUUUCUACUGUAGGUGGUCAAAAAGAGUCUUAAUGUGUAUAGAUUAUAUUGAAAGAUUAUUGUGUUUGUCAUGUUUCAGCCCAUUAACUCCAGUACUUAAAUACCUGACCUUUCUGCUGACCAUUUUCUAAAGAAAGGGGGGUCAAAGUUCAAGGCGCAAUAUUGUGACAGUUGUAUGUAAGUUGUAUGACUCAAUUUACUCCGUCUAAUAGUGCACACUUUGUAUGCAGCUGCAGUGCUCUUUAAGCAAAAAGAAAAAGCAUGUGUUUCGGAAAGCAGCCAUAGAAACAGUAAAACUAUAACGGGUUAGUAAUACAAAUGACCAAAUUCACAUGAUUCUUUUCUUUUUGUCCAUAUUGGCUCACUGUUUUCUUUAACACAACCCUGAUGCCUGGAGGAAUAAUGUCAAAACAAAGUGGUCAGCAGAAAUGGGUAAAAUCACGCUAAAAUGCCCGUUUGAUCCCUAAAACUGUGUGUAUGAGUAAGUGAUUGUGUGUUUGAGUGUGUGUACUUUUUUUUGCCAGCAUAUAAAUUGUGUGAUAAUCCACACAUGAGCAAACAGCCUGUUGACUGGAAAAGAAAAGGUGCUGCUCCUGACGUCCAGCAGAGGGUUGUGAGAGCGGCGAUGCACUGACUCCACUGAGCCAGGACUGUACUGUAUGUAUAUAGAUGAAGGCAUGUGGAAACACUGACCUGUAUGCAACCUGCACUACUCACGCUGCUUCAGGGCAUUUCCAGUCCUGUUUAACAUAUGAAAUGUUGCAUAUUUUAUUUAUACGUUAUGUAAUAUAAGCAUAGAGAGAAGUGGAA